UAGGGUGGUGGCCAUUUUGUCAUUAUAGAUACCAUCCAUGCCUUUUGAGCCAUCAGUAGUUCUAUAUGCUUUUCCCCUCCUCAAUAUCAAUCAUGUGUCUCCCUUUCUAAACAGCAGCAUUUCUUUGUUUAUGCUUUGAAUUAUCUGGCAGAAUCUUUGCUUGGAGUAUAAUUAACCUCCUUUGUGUUUGUUUCCUUCCAUUUCGAGCUCUCGAAUGCGAUUUCUCUUUCUAUUUCCUCUCGUCUCUAAAAACCGCCAGAAUGGGGAGGCAACCUUGUUGUGACAAGGUAGGGUUGAAAAGAGGUCCAUGGACCAUUGAGGAAGAUCACAAGCUCAUGAACUUCAUCCUCAACAAUGGUAUCCUUUGUUGGCGGAUGGUUCCUAAGCUCGCAGGUUUGCAAAGAUGUGGAAAGAGUUGCAGACUAGGAUGGAUUAAUUAUCUAAGACCAGACCUGAAAAGAGGGGCACUAUCAGAAGCCGAAGAGGAUCAGAUUAUACAACUCCAUGCCUGUCUUGGUAACAGGUGGUCUAAAAUAGCCUCGCAUUUUCCUGGCCGCACGGACAAUGAAAUCAAGAACCGCUGGAACACUAGAAUCAAGAAAAGGUUAAAGCCCCUUGGAGUGGACCCUGUGUCCCACAAAUCAAUUGAGCAACAAGAAGAUGAAGAGAAAACCGAGGCAAUCCCAACAUCGAAUUCAUCGACUCAACGAGAGGGAAGCUUGGGAGUUCCAUGCAUGAUCAUGGAGAAACAUACAAAGAAUGAGGAGAAACAAUUAACUGAAGGUGACAUGAACUUGGAUGAAACAAGUGAACUUUUACGUGGUUAUGAAAUGGUGAGUUUGGAUGCUGGGUUGUGGAUGAACCAAGGAGCUACUAAUCCCAGUUCUUGCAGCCCUUCAUUCUCUUUGGAAGAGUCUCUUAACCCUUCAAUGGGUGAAUCCAAUCCUAUUCAACAAUGGGUUGAUUCCAUGCUAUCAUGUGAUAGUUUCAACCAACUAGAAGAAGUGUUGUUGUUUUUGAAGAAUUGCCAAUAAAUCAACUCUUUUUUUUCUUUUCUUUUUUGGUAAUGCAAGGUGUCCUGGCCCAAUUUGUCCCCACUCUUAUUAUGUUCAUAUGGGCUUGAUUGUGCAGUCAAUUGAUCAAAACUUGAGCCAAAAAAAGUGUACCGUAAAUUGUUUUUUACUAUGAUUUUGAGUACUUUUGUUCUAUUAAACCCCAUUUAAUUUCUAAUUUCAACUUCUUACAUGUUCUUCAUGCUUUGUGAUCAAUGCAUGAUAUUUGGAUUCUCCUAGUUGUAUUUAUAUCUUUUGUGACUCUAUGUGCGUGUGUGUAUAUAAGCUGAAGGAACCUGUGUGUGUGUGUGUGUGUAUAUUUCUUUGGUAUUUUAUACUUGCAUGGAGGUUCAUUCAAGGACAAGCAAGGCCACUUCUCUUUAUCUAAUAAAAAACUAAGGUUCUGUAAUACAGCUACUUUAGGCACACUAUAUAUAUCAAAGCACCAAAAGUGGGAAUCAAGCAAAAAAAAGGCGGUCCCUUUCAGCACAUAGACAAUUUUACUCACUUCUAGUGAAGAGGUUAAUUCUCGUGACUCGUAUUCUAUUACUUUUAUUGGAUACAACUAGACAAUUUUUCUCACUUCUAGUGAAGAGGUUAAUUCUUGUGACUCGUAUUCGAUUAAUAAUUUUAUUGGAUAGCUAGACAAUUUUUCUCACUUCUAGGGAAGAGGUUACUACUACAGUCACUAGUAUGAAGUUUAAAAUUAGCCAGCUAGAGGCAAUUACUACAACUCCUCUCAGCGUUAUUGUCCUUACUAGUUCGGUAGUCUUGUGCUCGUCAUUGUGUUGUACAUUUACGUACAAUGUUUGCACCACUUGAUAUUGCAGUACCAUAAGUUGUUCAAGGAACUAAAUUUGUCAGAGUGGUAAUCCUUCCUAUAGAUGAUUGUAAUGACCUAGUCGUGAAUACAAUUACUAAAUUUGUCAGGAGAUCUAGCUCUACCCGGGGUAUCAUACAUGGAUUUAUGAUGCUUAGUUAAACCUCUCUAACCUUUACUACAACCACUUGAGACUAUGCUACGUACCAUUUCUCACCCCAGAACAAAUCAAAUUAGUCUUAAAAUACAAAAUAGCAUAUUCUCCUUUGGAAGGCCUCUGCUACAAAUUAACAGCAAGUUUUAGAAAACCCUCAUGACAUUAACACCCAAUAAGUAACAUUAUUUAC